AUGUCUGGCUCGAAAGGCACUGCCUCUGAUCAUCCAGAACACACAGAGUCUGUUAAGAAUGAUACCAAUCGAGUGGCUGGUCAGAUGCCAGAAUGCCUUCUGAACCUUACCGAAGAAGAGAGGUGUCACAUGGAACAGAAGCUUGUUCGCAAAGUUGACGUGAGGCUACUUAUCAUGAUCGUACUGAUGUAUAUUUUGAACUACUUGGAUCGAAACAAUAUCGCUUCCGCAAAAUUGGCCGGCCUUGCUGAGGAUCUCAAACUUCAUGGAAACCAGUACCAGACAUCUGUCAGCAUUCUAUUUGUCGGUUACCUUCUGAUGCAGGUACCUUCAAACAUGAUUCUCAACAAAUUUGGCAGGCCAUCGAUUUAUCUUCCUGGCUGCAUGUUUGUAUGGGGUGUGAUAUCCAGUUUAACUGCAGCCUGUCAAAAUUACGGAGGGCUUCUGGCCUGCCGCUUUGUUCUUGGUUUUGUUGAGGCCGCUUACUUUCCCGGCUGUCUUUACCUUCUCUCCGCUUGGUACACACGGAAAGAGCUCACCAAACGCACGGCACUCCUAUACUCAGGCUCACUUCUCUCGGGAGCAUUCUCUGGAUUGAUCGCUGCAGGUAUUACCAAUGGACUCAAUGGUGCUCGAGGCAUUGCUGCUUGGCGAUGGCUGUUUAUAAUUGAAGGAGCAAUGACGAUAUUUGUGUCUCUUAUGGCCAUAUUUAUAAUCCCUGAUUUACCUCGAACAACUUCGUGGCUCACUGAAGACGAGAAAGCUCUUGCAGCCUGGAGACUAGAAGCAGAUAUUGGCGAAGACGACUGGGUUGACAGCGAGCAUCAGUCCAUGCUUCAUGGCGCAAAGCUUGCCUUCAAAGACUACAAAGUAUGGCUACUCCUAGGCCUUAUCUACGGCUACACCUCUGCAGGGGCAGUGACGACAUUUUUCCCCAUUGUGAUGGCUGGUCUGGGCAAGAGUGAUACAGUGACACUGCUGCUCACCACUCCCCCAUAUUUGAUUGGCACAAUUCUGGUGCUUCUCAAUGCGUGGCACGCAGACAAAACGGUUGCCACAACAUCUUUCGCUCCCCGAUAUGUUGCAAUGUGCUUGAUGAUUGGGGCCAUAUACGGUGGCUACGUUGUAGCACUGGGAUAUAUUUCAAACGUUCUUCCUAGGCCAGCCGCAAAGCGAGCCGCAGCUCUUGCCCUCAUUAAUGCCUUGAGCAAUGUCUGCCAGAUCUAUACUCCGUAUCUUUACUACGACUCUGCUGCACCAAGAUACGUAGCGGCAUUUUGCUUUAACAUAGCCAUGCUAGCUAUGACCGUCUGCUUUGCCACAGUCAUUCGAGUUGUGCUUAGUCGGCUGAAUAAGAAGCUAGAUGAGGAAGAAGGGACUCAUCUUGCGGAUAACCAGGCCCAGCAGACGGAGAAUGAGGAACAUGGUCUUCCCGGUCAAGCCGUUAGUCAAGGCUUCCGGUUCUUGCUCUAA